AUGAACCAAAACAGAAAUGUAGAUAACGACGUGAAUGGCACUGGAACUUCAGGUGAAGGUGCCUCGUCCGGCAGGUGUUCUGUGGAUGAGCAGCGCAGACCCGGUCGUAACCAAGCGACUGCCAGAAUGAAGUGGACGAAAGAAAUGAAUAUUGUCGUCAUGGAAUGUUUUUAUAGUGCUGAUCCAUUUGAUGAGAAUGAUAUCAGAAAAAAUGGUUGGUUGUCGGAGGUGGAAUUAGAGGCCAUAAGGAGAAGAUUGGUAAAACAGAGUGAAGAAGAACAUCAGCAAGACGAGGAAGAUAUAUUAUCAAGAUCGAAUAUUGAGGAGGUCAAUGAGGCUGACAUUACAAUUGAAGUUAGUGAGGCAGCAGAAAUAACACCUGAGGAGCAAUUGAUCAUUGAUGAAGUAAAAGGAUUGAUGGCACAAGGAGUAACAAGUGAUAACAUCAUGUUUAAGAAAGUUGAUCAGAAGAGAUUAAGUGAAGAAACACUUAAAGUGAAUGGAGCCAUUAAACACCUUGUGACAGCAGAUAUCACCCAAACUAAUAACCUCAUUAAAGCAGCUAGUCUUUGGGUUGCCAAACAGCUAGGAUUGAAGACAGUCAAGAAGGAGAAGAAACAGGACCCAUGGUGGAAGCGACGUAUAGAAGGAGACAUAAAGAAUUUGAAGAAAGAUAUCAGCAUACUUGAAAGAGAAAAAAGAGAAGAACUGAAGCAAAGGUUAUUAGCAAAAGCUGCAAAGAUAAAGAGGUAUGGAGAUAGAAUAACACAAUACAGACAGAAUCGAAUGUUUGCAACGGAGCAGAAAAAAGUGUAUAAGGAACUGAAUGGAGGAGCUAGUGGCGAGAGUGUAAUACCGGAUGCUGAAGAGAGUAAGAAGUUUUGGAGUGAGAUCUGGAGCAUAGAAAAAGAACAUAAUAGACAAGCAGAAUGGUUGCAGGAUCUGAAAAGAGAACAAAGUAACGUAAAUAUGGGAGAUAUGGAGAUCACAGUAGAGAUGGUUAAAACACAGAGUAGAAAGAUCCCUAAUUGGAAGGCCCCAGGAAGAGACGGUGUCCAAGGUUAUUGGAUCAAGCAACUGUCGUCAUUGCACGAGAAUUGCAAAUCAGCUGAAUGA